UGGAAUAAUGUUUGUUCCUGUUAUAGCAGCUAUAAAAACUUACGUUCUCAUCCUCUCUUUCUCUGUGUGUUGAGGUUAAUAAGACAAAGCUGUGACUAAAUUUAGACACAGGAACUGCUUGAGCUGCUACAGACACAGUGACAACUUCUCAGAGAAGCAGGACACGAGAAAACAUCAGAACAAAUCUAACAUGAGCUGCUUUUUCAUUUUUAAUCUCUUCAUUUCCAGUGUUGGCAGUCAGGCAUGGAGGCAGUUUAGUUUUAAAACUGGAGCAUCUGUCACCAUCCCGUGUCAUUAUGAUACGGCAUAUAUACAACAUAGGAAAUACUGGUGCUAUGGUACAACAUUCAGUUCCUGCAAAAUUCAGGCUUAUGCCAAUGAUAGACAGGGGAAAGUGACAGUGACUGAUAACCCAGCUGAGAGUCUCUUUACUGUGACUAUGAAUAAUCUCCAGACAGAUAACACUGGAACGUACUGGUGUGCUGUAAAGAUAGGUGGAAUAUUCAAUCCAGAUGUAAAAGAAGACUUUUAUAUCACAGUGAAAUCAGAUCCUGAUCUGUCUGUGAUGGAGAGCAGAGUGAGUGGUGAGGAAGGAGGAAGCGUCACAGUCCAGUGUCUCUACAGCGCUGCGUAUCAGAAUACACAGAAGCAGUGGUGCAGAUUCAAUGAUAGGUUGUGCACAUUUAGGAGUACUGAUACAUCCCAGAAUUCAGCAGUGCAGGUCAGUGACGAUGGGAGAGGAUCCUUCAGUGUGCAGAUGAGUGGACUGAAGAAGAGUGAUGCUGGCUGGUACUGGUGCAGUGCAGGAGAUCUGCAGGUUCCUGUUCACAUCAGUGUCUAUGGUGAUGCUCCAGAUUCUUCAGAUUCCAGCAGUAAAGAACCCACAAAGCCAGUGCAGUUCUGUAUUGCACACAACUGAAGGACGUGAUGUUGGUGGCACUGCAGCAUUAAGAAGCUGUCACAUUCAAUAUAUCCAAUUAUUUUUUGCAAAAAAAAGCACAGUCAGUCAUGUGUUAAUCCUUACAUAUCAGUUAGAACACAUUGUCAUACAUUUCCCCUAAAGAUCAAUAAAAUACAUCUAUCUAUAAUGCCCUCUACUAAUAUUGGCACCCUUGGUAAAUAUGAGCAACGAAGUCUUGAAAAAUUGUCUUUAUUGUUUUUGUUAAUACUUUGUGCUGCCUCCCUUUUCUGAGACAGCUCUGAGUCUUCUCCUAUAAUGCCUGAUGAGGUUGGAGAAUACAUGGCAAGGCACCAUUCCUCCAUACAGAAGCUCUCCAGAUCCUUCAAAUUUCGAGGUCCAUGCUGGGGGACUCUCCGCUUCAGUUCACCCCACAGGUUUUCUAUGGGUUUCAAGUCAGGGGACUGGGAUGGCCAUGGCAGGCCCUUGAUUUUCUGGUCAGUAAACCAUUUUUGUGUUGAUUAUGAUGUAUGUUUUGGAUCAUUGUCCUGCAAGAUCCAACCACGGAACAUUUUAAGCUUUCUGUCAGAGGCAGUCAGGUUUUUAUUUAAUAUCUGUUGAUAUUUGAUAGAGUCCAUGAUGCCAUGUUUUCAAACAAAAUGUCCAGGGUCUCUGACAGAAAAACAGCUCCAAAACAUUAAAGAGCCACGUUGAGACGAUAUAGACACACGUCCAAUUCCAGGUUGAUUCGUAACAUUUCCAGUUGACUGGAACUUCUUAAUUAUUGCCCUGAUGGUAUAAAUGGGCAUUUUCAAUGCUUCUGCUAUUUUCUUAUACCCACUUCCCAUUGUGUGAAGCUCAACAACCUUUUGCCACACAUCACAGCUAUAUACCUCGGUCUUACCCAUUGUUAUGAAUGACUAAGGGAAUUUGGCCUAUGUGUUACCUCAUAUUUAUACCCCUGUGAAAAUGAACCUGUGUUUUGUUUGUAGUUGUUUGAUAUCCAUGAGAGCAGAGUAUUUUUGUGAGUAUUAUAGAGUAUUAUUUUUAACAAAAGAUCAAAAGGUUAAACACAAUUAAAAGACAAAUUUUCACAGCCUUCAUUGCUCAUAUUUAACAAGGGCGCCAAUGUUAGUGGAAGGCACUUUAUUUGUCUGUCUAUCAACCUAGCACACAAUUUACAAACUUAGUCAGUGGUGAUGCUAUGUCAUAUAGCAAAAGAUCAUUCCUAUUCUAGACAACAACAUAUUAAUAUUUAAUGAAGGUGUGUAUGCGAUUGUUGUUAACUAUAAUAAAGCUUGUUAUUCUCCUACAUGUUUCUGUAUCUCUGAAGGACUUAUGUUUGUGUGUGUGUGUGUGUGUGUGUGUGUGUGUGUGUGUGUGUGUGUGUGUGUGUUAUGAUAUGUUCCCAUUUGUCAAGUGUUAUAGGAACAAUUGCUCUGGUGAGACUUUAUAAGAUAUUUCAUCAGCAUAGCACUAAAUUGCCACACACUGUGGUUUAAGACAACACUGUAAGUUUACCAGGAAGAGGACUUACUUGACCUUCCAUAGCCACACUAACGACUCCACAGAAAAGCAGAACGCAAGAAUGGGAACAAAUUCAAAAUGAGCUAUUUUUUCAUUUUUAUUCUCUUCAUUUCCAGUAAGUCCAUGUCUCAUGUGCUCUUCUAUCCCAUUUCACAUUCUUGUGCAGAAUAAACCACUGAUACAUCAAAAACCCAAUGCAUUAAACUAAUGCAUCGACCAUCAGUAAUGUCUUGUAUUAUCGAAUCUCAGAUAUUUUAUUUGCAUUGAGCAAUAGUCGAGAAUUUCUCUUCUGUGUGCAGGUCUUGACAGUUUUUUGGCCAGCAUCCAGACAGUUAAGUUUUCGAACUGGAGCAUCUGUCACUAUCCGAUAUCAUUAUGAUAUUAAAUAUAUACAACACAAUAAAUAUUGGUGCUAUGG